CCUUUGUUGCCUUCCUGUGUAAAAAAGGGAAAGCUUAGGGUUUGUGGGUGUGGGGACGUUUCCACCGUCGUCUCAUUUCUUGACCUUUGCCUUUAUGCCUAAGGGACAAGGCCUGGCCAUAGCCAGCAUCCACUCACCCAGGGUCCUGUUAACUUCUGAGGUGCAAAUGAAGGCUCAUCUGCUUUUAUUUAUGCGUAUUAUUUAUAUUCAUAGAUGUCCAUUAAAUGAAGUUGCACCACCGGACAGAGUUCUAGAAAUAUUUGGGAAAGCAAUCCAAGCUCUCUCACGAGUUAGUGAUGAGCUGUGGCUAGACCCCUCUGAAAAAGGUCUUGCUUUAAGAUCUGUGAAUUCUUGUCGGUCAGCAUAUGGAUGUGUCCUCUUCUCUCCUGUGUUUUUUCAACAUUAUCAAUGGUCAACCUCAGUGAAAAUGAAUGAUACUGACAUAAUAUUGAAUUUAAAUUGCAGAUUGGGAAUGAAGUCAAUUCUGCCCAUCUUUAGAUGUCUGAAUUCCCUAGAGAAAAAUGUGGAGAAGUGCAAAAUAUUUACCAGAUCUGAUAAGUGCAAAGUAGUUAUUCAAUUCUUCUGCAGACAUGGUAUUAAAAAGAUUCAUAAUGUGUGUUUUCAAGAAAGUCGGCCUUUGCAAGCUAUUUUUCAAAAGAAUAUGUGUGCUAAUACACUAGUGAUUCAACCAAGGGUGCUUGCUGAGGCAAUUGUUCUUUUUACAUCGAGUCAAGAGGAAGUUACUCUUGCUGUUACUCCACUGAAGGUUUGCAUUAAGAGUUCUAAUGAGGAAUCAAUGGACCUGACCGAUUCUGUAUACAGUGAGAUGUUUGUUGGUCCAGAUGAGUUUGACUUCUUUCAAGUUGGAAUUGACACUGAAAUAACAUUUUGCUUCAAAGAACUGAAGGGAGUGCUGACAUUUUCAGAAGCUAUACAUGCUCCUAUAGCCAUUCAUUUUGACUUGCCUGGGAAACCCAUGGCUUUAAGUAUUGACGAUAUGUUAUUGGAAGCCAACUUUAUUUUGGCUACAUUAGCUGAUGAGCCAAGUAGAGCAUCUUCUCUACAAACACUAUGUCUUUCACAAAAACAAAAAAGGUCAGAGCCGAUACAUUCAAAUUCAAAGGCUGGUAAAAAUGUAACCAGCAAGGUCCCAGAGUAUAUCUCAAGAAAAGUAGAACCCAAAAGGCUAUAUUCUGAUGAGACUCCCACGAACAUUUCUACAUUGGAAAAUUGUGGCAGCCCUUUAAUGAAAAGAGCGAACAAAGACAUUACUGAAGUACCCGAAAGCGAUGGAAAUAUUAGUGAAGUACCAGAAAGCAGUAUCAGCGACACGGAAGACGUGCCAGGGUCUCCAUGUCUCAGGAAGUUCUCUUCCAUGUUCUUUGGAGCAGCUUCUUCUGACCAACAAGAACCCUUCAGCCUCCCUUUCCAGAGUCUGGCAACAGCAAGUGACAGUGAAGAGGACAUGAAUAAUGGCAGUUUCUCCACAUUCUAACAGUGAUGGCUGAGCUCACCCCCCUGCCAACUUAACUGGUUCACUUGUACCACAAACACAUUUUCACAUUUAAAUCUGUGAAGAUACUGUCUUGGGCUUCCUGGAGAAUGGGCUACUGCUUAUCUACACAUCAUCUUAUACAACCACCAUAUCUAGAAAUAACUACUUGUCAAUAAAUGUAACUUGCUUUAAAUCCAUUAUGCUAUGUGGGAGGCAGAAAAGUUUUUUGUGUAGGGAAAAAGCUCAUUAGAAUUUUCUUCAGUUCAGGGAAUUCCCUGGCAGUACAGUGGUUAGGACUCUUUGAGUUUCCAUUCAAGGGGCAAGGGUUUAAUCUCUGAUUCAAUCACAGAUUCUGUCUCUGGGACCUAAGAUUCAACAAGCUGCAUGGUGUGGCCAAAAAAAAAAAAGAAUUCUUCAACGUAUUGUUUAUUUACAAUAGAGUUUUUAGCAUUUUCUUUGCCAGUUUUAUAGUUAUUUAAACUUCCUGUAGCAGAGUGCAUCAGAAUGGCUUGUAAAGUUCAGGUAUCUUUUGUAUUUGAUUGCAAGUAUUUGAGUUUUGAUGCUUUCUGACAGAUGAAAACGUCCUGCAAUCUUUUCUCAUGUAAGAUCAUAACUUUUACACAGCAGGGGAAGAAGAGAGUGAGGUGAAUGGAGAAAGCAGCAUCAACAUAUAGCACCAUGAGGUGUAAGAUGGAUAGCUGAUGAGACGUUGCUGUACAGCAAGCACAGGAGCCCAGUCUUGUGCUCUGUGAUGGCCUGGAGGGACUGGAUGAGGGGAGCCCCAGAGGGAGGGGAUGUAUGAUUAUGGCUGAUUCACAUUGUUUUAUGGCAGAAACCAACCCAACAUUACAAAAUUUAAAAUAAAUAAAAGGCAAAACACCCAA